GAGUAAGCAAAAUCACUCAGACGGCUUGAACUAGCGGGAGCAGCUUCAGGUUAGCGGCACGGCUGCAGGUCAUCGUUAACCUGGUUGUUCCGGUGCUUCCCCGUGACACAAUCACCAGCAAGACCAGAGAACUAAGCCUGUCCUCGCUGUACUUCACCUUAUCAUACAGUACGUGGGCCGUUUAGCUUAAUAGACAGUGUACACGUGGCACUCCAAUGCAGCUCUGCUGAAAGAUGAUCAUAUACUAAUGCGACUCAAGCAUUCUAGUUCAGGAACCUAUUAUAAAAUCCAGGCUCAGAUUGCUCAUGGCUUCUCUUCUUUGGAAUGUUAAGAAUACAGUUGGUUUCCGGUUGGUUCACAACAUCAAGAUGAUGCCCCGACCUCUUGUGCUGUGUGGUCCUUCAGGUGCUGGUAAAUCAACCCUGAUGAAGAAGCUGUUUGAUGAGUUUGGUUCAUAUCUUGGGUUCUCUGUCUCUCACACCACCCGCUCCCCACGGAUAGGAGAAGAACAUGGCAAACACUAUUAUUUUGUAACCGUGGAAGAAAUGGAAAAAGCAAUUGAUAACAAGGAGUUCAUUGAACAUGCUAAGUACUCUGGGAACUUAUAUGGAACUAGCAGGAAAGCGGUGGAUGAUGUCCUGAGUAAUGGAAAGAUCUGCAUACUAGACAUUGAUUUGCAAGGUGUUCAGCAAGUUAAAGAGACAGACCUACAAGCAUAUUAUGUCUUCAUAAGGCCACCGUCAAUUGAGCACCUGCGAGAGAGACUUCUUGCAAGAGGCACUGAGACAGAAGAGAGUCUCAAGAGGCGCCUUGACACGGCCGAGAAGGAAAUGGCAUAUGGGGAGCAGGAAAGUAAUUUUGACAAAGUUAUUGUUAAUGAUGACUUGGAGCGAGCCUAUCAAGAGCUGAAGGAGUUUGUUCAGCCAGCAGUUCAGCAGAUGCAGGAGGUUGAUGAUACUCAGUGAAACAAAUAUAUUUUCUUUGUUGCAACACACUGAGUAAAUUAGUGAUAUUAGUAUCAACAUUGUUGCUUGUUGAUUUUUUUUGCCAAAGAAAGCAUUCAGCCUCAUUUUAUCAGCUUUCAUUCCAUAUGGUAGUUUGCAUUGAUAAAAGUCAUAUAGAGAAUGCACUUAUUAAUGUAUUUGUUCAUCUUCACUAGAAUCUUUUCUUGCACUAGUGUGAUGCAUACACUGUUUGCAAAUUUAAAUUAAGAAAUUUUCCCUGUAACUGACUUGCUAGUUUAGAGUUUGGGGAGUUAUUUUUAAAUUUUAAGGAAGUAAAUUUUGUUGAGACAUUUUAGUACACUGUACAUCUAUCUAUCUAUAUGCCACGCUGAGAUAUCCCUUAUAGGGGAUAGCCAAGACAAGAUAUCAUAGGUUGUCUUAUAAGAAUGAGAUUAUAGAAGGGACGGCACCCUGACCCUUAUAGUUGACUUUCUUGACACUGUGGUGGCAGCAUUCCUCCACGCUAGCCAUGGAAUGUGUGGUCAAGCCAGAACUACCUUUCCACAGGAUGGUGAUCUAUACAUGACUAGAUUUUUAAAAUUCAUUUAUUUUAUUUAUUUUUUAUUCAUUUUUCCUUUUCUACUUUAUUUAUUUUUUACUUACUUUUAUUAUAUAAUAUAUGUAUAUAUAUAUAUAUAUACAUAUAUAUAUAUAUAUAUAUAUAUAUAUAUAUAUAUAUAUAUACACAGGGUGUCCCAUAAGUUUCCAUACAUAUGGUAUCACAAACGCCAUUACAAGCAUAAAUCCAGAUGUGUUUGAACGUGUUCUUCAGCAGUGGAGGACACACACUGAAAUGUGUUUUCAACACAAAGGCAGUCAUGUAGAGCAUGGUUCACAUCCACAAUCCCAGGGAGCACAAUAUUUUAAGUUGCCAAUACAUAUAUGUAGUAAUACUAAAAGAUAUCAUGAUGAAUUUUAUAACAUUGUGUGGAUCAGUCUAUCUGCAUAUCUACACUAGACUGACACUCCAUAGAGGACUGAAGGCAGUACUCAUUUGGGACUCCUGGUCUCCAUGCUCUGCCUUCCUCAGUGAUGUGCAGGGUAUGUGGCACCAGUAUUUCUCAGGGCCAGCCAUGAAAUGUGUGGCCAAGUUGUGUUUAGCUACCACUGAUAUUAUAUACAUCAUAUAUGUGUACAUAAGAUCACACCAGAUAAUUGAAAAAAAAAGCAGGGAGAACUCUCAAUGCAUGAAAGCAGCCAGGAAAGUACAAAUUUAUUUUCAAAUGUUAUGAAACAUGUCAUGUCACUGAAGAAAUACAUAAGGCAGGGAAGCCGAAUUAGGAAUGUAUGAACUAACUCAAGAAUACAAGAAUAGUUUUUACCUGGCUGAUGUCUGAUCAUCAGUGGCCAUUUAAGAUUAAUCAUAUCUUGUUUCUGUCUCUUUUUAAAUAAGUAUAUGCUGCUCUACUUACAAUAUACUGGGUGUUCUUUGUUUUGGAUGAAUAUUUCAUUAAUUAUACUUGAGAAUCACAUCACUAGAUGAACAAAUUGCAUUAUCAGUGAAGGAUGAUACAUAAUAAGUCAAACUUACAUUCAGAUUAAAGAAACAUGUUUGCCCUGAAACCAAGACUACAGACAGCUACAACUAUAUAUAUAUAUAUAUAUAUAUAUAUAUAUAUAUAUAUAUAUAUAUAUAUAUAUAUAUAUAUAUAUAUAUAUAUAUAUAUAUAUAUAAACUGACAGAGAGAGAGAGAGAGAGAGAGAGAGAGAAUUUUAUUUUCUAUGAAAAUAUUUUCAGGUAAUGAGGUGGAUGUGUUGCUAUAAAUUUGGUCUUUAGUUUUGGAAUGCUGAUAUGAACAAGAUGGACAACCCCAUUGUAUUAUAAUGUUGCAAUAUGUGAUGGACCAAAAGGUGUAUAAGAAUAUUUAUUGAAAGUUAUUUUAAUCAUAUUUUUUGUAAAGGAAAAAUGCUAAAUACAGGACCACUUCCAAGGUUGUAUAUGGAACCAGGUAUGGUUAAUCACCUCUGAUCUAUUUACUGAUGAAAGAUCUUAAGUUGUUUUGACAGUAAAAUGGUUGUGUUAGUGAAGCUCUGUAUUGUACUGUACUUAUUUAUAGUUAUUUUAUAUUAAAUAAAUUUUGAAUUUUACUAAUAA